AGGGAGUAGUCCAAAAGCGAGGCUGUCUCUCAUAAACCUCUAUACCUCAGGAUGUAGCGCCAGUACUCUCACCAUCUCUACCGAUGACAGGAAUCGAUUUGGAGGAUUUAAUAAAAAUGUCCACCUUCUUUUCAUCUUCUAGAAGCUGACAAGUUCUCCUGCCUGACCCCCACCCAGGUCAUCACAACCGGUGGGGUGAAUGGGCAGUGAUUGGUGGGGGUCACCCCCAGACUUUCCCCGCGCAAUGUGACCAUGCGCCUCUCCCCCAAACCGUUUUGUUCGGAGAAUAAUUUCUUCAGCGGCAUUUCAAGACCCUGCUAAGACAAAGAGACAAUCGCGAUUUCCUCCCGCUAUCGGAUCCGCCUCAACAUCACAACCUCCGGAUUAAUGUGCGCUGCCGCCGCUGAUUCCAGCAUACUGCUUCACUAGGAGAGAAACUCCGCCAUGGAGCGGUCCGCGUCUCCUCAAGACCAGGGCUCCCGUAGUUCGACUAGCUACAAGCGCGCCAGUCGCAAAGGAGCACCGCGCAGAUUCCCGUGCGAGCAUCCCGGAUGCGACAAGCUGUAUUCGCGGGCCGAGCAUCUGCAGCGGCAUCAGCUGAACCAUAACCCAAAAGAGGUCUUUCGAUGCGACAUCGGCGACUGCGAUCAAAAGUUUGUUCGUUUGGAUCUUCUCGCCAGACAUAAGAAGCGUCAUACAGCAUCGUAUACACCACGCAAUCGCAUCCCCAGCUUCGACACGGUGGGUAAUGAGCAUUCUAUGCAGCAGCAUCACGUUCAUCUCGACGGCCGCGCCCCUUCACAGGCCUCAUAUACUCCGCAGCAGUCGCAUAUGAGCGUAUCCAGUCAUGGGCCGCACAACUCUGCUAUAAUCCUCACGCCCGACUCCAACACAGCCCCUACACCAACCCUUCAGCACUCUAUGAGCAGCCGGCCAAACCCGGGGCCGCCACCGGCUUGGCCAUCGCCAGCAGAUGAUCGUUCCCUACACCCAAGCAUGAUGCGACAUCGCAACAGCUUCUACGGCUCCGAGCUACCCUCAAUGCCAGAGGCAUCCCCGAUGGGGGCAUUCGCCAACGUCGCAUAUCACAAUGACGAUCCCAUGGCACCGGGCAACUUUGCUGCGUGGCUGUUUGAUCCCCAAACUACAUACAACGACCUCAGCGUAGCUAGCUUACCAUUCAUGGAGACGGGACUGGAAUCGACAUUCAACAACAACCUUCACUACGACUAUGAGUCGCUGAAUUCACUGUCGCCCAUAGAUCCCACGCCACCGCGUAGCUCAGAUGUCCCCGAUGAAUGGAUGACCGAGGGCCGCCGCCAGGAGAUCCUCCAAUGGUUCAACAUCUUCCGCAAGAAACAGCCACGGUACGACGAGCUGAUGCCCAAUCUCAUCCGCGAAGGCAACGGCGACAUGCCAGCGUUGAGUGUCGACAUGAUGCGCGAAUGCCUCCGUGAAUUCUGGGACAAUGUGUCGCCACGGCUGCCCAUUGUACACCAAUAUACCUUUUCGCCGAACCGCUGUCCAAUCUUCCUUCUAUGCGUCAUGCUGGCUCUCGGUGCUGCCUCUUUACGAUGCCGCGAUACGACAGGCCAGCUCUCCGAAUACGGCGCAUUUGCAGACGUCAUCAUCUCGUGCGUCCGAUGGGACAUUCUGACCUCGGACGACUCGAUGCCGCCAGCUCAGCUCUGGGUGGCACAGGCGCUACUGCUGCUAGAGUUCUAUGAGAAGCUCUACUCAUCGCGCAAGUUCCACGAGCGAGCACACAUCUACCAUCCGGCCUUCUUGACGCUGCUCAGACGCGGCAGCCCACUCAUUGGGCGCAACGGCACCGAUUCGCCCGGCGACACAGACAAUGCUGGUGAGCGAGCAGCCAACGGAAUGCCCUUGGACUCGAGGACCUGGUGGGUGCGCUGGGCGGAGACGGAGUCGAUGCAUCGCGUAGUCUUUGCAGCUUUUAUGCUCGACAUUAUCCACGCCGCAAUCUUUGGCCACGCAGCAGACAUGGCAGCCCAUGAGAUCCGCCUCCCGCUUCCCUGUGAUGACAACCUCUGGGCAGCAAACAGCCCGGACGUGGUGCGACAGCUUGAUGCCAAUUUCCGCAUGUACGGUGUGAAGCAGGUGUCGUUCCUCGAUGGCCUCAAGAGCGCUCUGCACGGCAAGGAGGUCAAGACGCAUUCCUUUGGCCGGAUGAUUAUCAUUUCAGGUCUGCUGAGCGUCGGAUGGCACCUCAGUCACCGCGAGACCCAUCUCAAGUGGCUGGAACUGCGUACACCGCCAACGGAUCUCAAAGAUAACUGGCGAAAGAUGCUCCUCCGCGCCUUUGACAACUGGAAGGGAAGCUUUGACGUGGCCAUGUCAGAUCCCAUGUCGGAAUCUGGCCAGCGCGGCGUGCCCAACGGCCCUAUCAACAGUGCCUCACUUCUCUUCCACCUCGCCCACAUGACGCCCAACGUCGACAUCAUCGACUGCCAGGUCUAUGCUGGCGCACGCCGUCUUCUUGGCCGCAAAGUGUCGGCCCGGGACUACACCAACGCAACAAAGCGCAUGGUGGCCUGGUCCAAGCUAAGCUCGACGCGCCAUGCCAUCUUCCAUGCCUUCAAGCUGCUGCACAAGAUCUUGGUUGAGCCGCAGCCUCGGCGCCGCAACUCGCGCCAGCCUAGCAACGGGAUGAACCAGCAGACGAUGCGGUACUCGGUCCGAAAUGAGCCUGACCCGCAUAGGCCGUGGAUCAUGUAUUUCGCAGUACUGACAAUCUGGGCUUUUGUCCAGGCGUAUGGGCAGCCGGCGAGUAAGCCUCUCCCGCUACACUCACCACAAAUGGGAAGCUCUGCGUACGGCCGCACAGCAGACUAUCUAUCCAAAGUGGCGUCUCUACCUGAACUGGACGAGCGCUCUGCUUCGAUGCUUCAAGAUGGCUUGCCAGAUCUCUUGGACGUUAUGAUUAGCAUCUUGCAAGAGUCUAAUGCUGAGUUGAUGGUGGAGGCGCGGGAGCGAUUGUGUGUUUGUAAGGAAAUGCUGUCCGGUACGACUCGAUGAUGAAGAGAUAUAUACUUUAGAGUACGCGUAUUGUUUUUUUUGUGUUUGUUCAUGGUUUGCGGGACUCUCGUUUGGCAAUGAUUUUGUAUACUACUGUAUUUGACUUAGAUGCACUCCUCAGCGGGAGCUGCAGUGAUACCGCCUAGUCGCUCGACUUGACAGGCCAUGUUUAGCUUGUUUAUACCGUCUUUAUAAAUAUGAUUAGUCUCAACAG